AUGCCUCCCCAAGCUGAAAGGAAGCCUAACCAAGUGGAACAGAAAGUUGUGGACCCUGAAGCAGAGCUUAGUAAUGCUGUCAGAACCUACUUGAAGCUCGCCCCGCAAUGCAGUGUGGAAAAGAGAGCUGGUGGUAUACCGCAACUUGCUCCUCAGGAGAAGCAGCUCAGCAUUCUCGCUCAUGAACUUCAUGAAACGCUGUUGUGCAUCAAUCUUGCAAGAAAAGGGCAGCAUGCAGUUCGUGAUGCUAAUGUCAAAAGUGGUACCCGCAAGUCUAUAGUGGAGUAUGAGCAGUUGGAGUCAGUGCUCAGGGAUGAAAGGGCGCAACAAGCUGAACUCGAUUGCCUCAACUAUCUGGCACAGAAGAAUGUCAUUGAACUGUCCAAGAAAGUCCCCACUGAGGCUGAUCGUGCGCGGACGCGGCGACGUCGCGCAGCCUACUGGUUAGUGUUGGCGCCUGCAUCGCUGUUGAUGGUUGCGCUGCGGCGAGUCCAACGCGCCAUCUGCCGGAUACCACGCGCGUUUGCUGCCAUCUCCGGCGGCGGCGCGUGUGACGAUGUUGAGGCGCAUGGUAGUGGGUUCGAUCCCGGGCCCGGCAUCGAACCCCUCUGUGGUUCGAAACUAGUAGAGCUUUUCUCAAUAUUUAAACCAGUAAGUAUUUAUAACAAACCAAUUAAACAGGAAUUAGGUAUGAUUGAGAACGCCAACAAUCGUCUUCGUCGCAUGGAGAAUAGACUGGACCUGGCCACGAAAAGGGUCUGUGUUGUCAAUGCGGAUAACAAGAAGGUUCGGGAAGAAAUCCACAGGCUGCUUGUUGAAAGAAAAGGCUUUAAUAUACAAUGGAACCGCACUAUUGGAAAGCUGGUGAAAGGCAAGAUGUACUUGAUGGAUAUAUUCGAAAUAGCCUCCAUGGCCUUCUCAGACAGAGACGAGUGCUGUCGCAAGCUAGAAGCUCUCAAGUGGAAAGGUCUCUUCCAGCUGAAUAGAGAUAUUUCUGAGAUGCAAUCCUUCGAAGGUGAACUGAACCACCUCGCGAAGCUGGAAGAAUUUCUGCGAGUGAAAGGUUCACGUCGAAUCUGCGAGGCUGAUGAGAAGGAGGAGAUAAAAAGGCAGGAGGAGAUACAAGCCUGUGAACAGGAUAUUGCCAGACAUGAUGCGUUGCUUGAAGAGAUAUUUGCAUACGCCGGUUCUGAAAAAGUGCCACACAUCAUAAACCACUUUCAAAUAAGUGAGAUCGAAAAUUUUUCCUGUUUUAUUCUACUCUGUCAAGUGCUGCAGGAGUCCAUAAUUCUAAAAAGGGAACAGGAAGUUCUAAGGCAAAGAAUCUUUGACCAACGGGACUUGAACGAAGCUCGAGAGGAGCAACAGGAUAAAAGAAUAGCGAGCAUGACGAAGACACUCGAAGAACUUCGUGCCAGUACAAUGAAGAAGCAGGAGCUUAACAAUCAAGCUGAUGCCACUAUAGCUAAAGUGCUCAAGGGUAUUGACGAGCUCGUCAAAUUAUCGAAAUGUGACUGCAAUGCGUUACUAGCCCUCCUCGGCAACCACACCGAAGUGACCAAGUGGAAUGUCUCCAAAUUCCUGAGAAUCUUGGAGACUGAAGUUAAAAGUCUUAUACAAGUUGUUUAUGGUGCUGUCAAGCCUCCAGCUCCAACGCCCAAAGGACGCAAAGGUCCACCGGUACCUCCCAGUUCUAGACUUGUGGCGGACCCACGCGUUGAGAUCAUACGACCGAAUAGGAUUGAAAAGCUUGUACCCUACCAACCAUGUGCAUAUUGUGUGGAAGACUACAUAAUGAAUCUCGUAUUCGAAACACCAGCGGUGCCUGCCACAAAAGAAUACAUUGAAUCUAUCUUCCAUCUCGAGGAUGUGAACACGAAAUUCAAUAUCUACACACUUACUAUACCAGCGAAACGCCAUCCGUUCCGUGGAAAGAAAGACUGA